AUGCCUAUGUUUGUCGGUGACGCCAAGCUGCAGAGCAGUUACGUUGGACAACCGAAGCAGGUGGCGGAUGCGCUGGGCCACUGGGCGACUCUACAUACAUUCAAGGGGCUUGCUGGCUUUCAUUGCCAGACUGGUAGUGGGCAGGAGCUUUCGAGGACGAUCCAUGCGUGGUUGAACACGACUUUGGGCACGGGCCAUGGGCACUGA